AUGAGUUCACUAGAAGAAAUUGAAAACAUUCAAACAUUGUUUAGCUACCAGCAUUCAUUUAUAACUUUUAAGAUCAUUUCAACUGCCUGUGAACUGGGUGUCUUUGAUCUGCUGAGAGAGUCGAGGGAACAGCUGUCUUCCACAACUAUUGUGGAAUGCUUGAGCACCAGCCCCAUCGGGAUGCAGAGGCUGCUGGAGGCCUGUGUGGGGUUAAAGCUCCUGACACUGGAGUGCAAAGAUGGCAAAGAUCUUUAUGGAAACACAGACUUUACCAAUCUCUACCUGGUCAAAUCAAGCCCAAAGUCUCAGUAUCAAUCCAUAACAUUCCAAUCUGAAGUUGUGUAUCCAUCAAUGCAAUAUUUGUCUGAUGCUGUAAGGACAGGAAAAAAUCAGAUACCAUCAAUAUAUGGCUCUCCCUCAAACAAGACGUAUGAGGUCAUGAACAGAAAUGUUUAUUUUAAUUCUAGAUCAAAGGAAGAGUUACAAACCUUCUCCAAUUUCAUGAAGGAAAUCUGGCCUGUGGUAGGAAGAGAAGUGCUUUCUGCCUUUGACCUGUCCCAGUUCCCACUCAUUUGCGAUCUUGGUGGAAACACUGAUGGUUUAGCUAAGGAAUUGACUUCAUUCUACCCAAAAUGUGAUGUGACCAUUUUUGACCUCCCUGAAGUAGUGGAAGCCUCCAAGAACCAUGGUUUGCCUUCGGAAGAGACCAGGAUCACUUUCCAUGCAGGUGAUUUUUUUAAAGAUCCCAUUCCUGAAGCUGACCUCUACAUUUUGGCCAGGACUCUGCACGUCUUGUCGGACGAGGGAUGUUUGCAGCUGUUAUCCAAAGUUUACCAGGCCUGCAAACCUGGUGGUGGUGUCUUAAUAGUGGAAAUGCUUCUUGAUGAAGAUAGAAGAGGGCCUUUAGCAACCCACUACUACUCGAUAUUAAUGUUGCUCUACACUGAAGGGAGAGAAUGGUCAGCAUCCGAGUUUAAUGUGCUCCUCUGCAAAGCUGGUUUCCAAAAAGUUGAGUUAAAGAAAGGAAGCCUCUUUCAUAGUAUUCUAGGAAGAAAAUAA